CCAAGCCUGUUGGGUGCUGACUACGGCGCCUGCCAAGGGCUAAAAAGCUCUUUCCUAAGGGGCGGGGCCUAUCUGGAAUGGGCGGAGCUAGCUGUAGGCUCAGAACGCGCUCUGGGGCCGCGUGGAGAGCGGUGUGCGCUUCUCCAAGGUGGAACCUGCGGCACUCGAGCGCUGGCGUCCGCUGCUUGCACCCCUUCCUUGCCGGCCGGCACUUUGGCGCACAGUUUUGCCCAAACCUCGAGAAUAAGUGAUCAGCUUGCCAUUCUUGUAGCAUAACUAGUUCUGAUGGCUGGGAAUAAAGGAAGAGGUCGUGCUGCCUAUACCUUUAAUAUUGAGGCUGUUGGAUUUAGCAGAGGUGAAAAGUUACCUGAUGUAGUGUUGAAACCACCUCCACUAUUUCCUGAUACAGAUUAUAAACCAGUGCCACUGAAAACAGGAGAAGGGGAAGAUUAUAUGCUGGCCUUGAAACAGGAAUUGAGAGAAACAAUGAAAAGAAUGCCUUAUUUUAUUGAAACACCUGAAGAAAAACAAGAUAUUGAAAGGUAUAGUAAAAGAUAUAUGAAGGUAUACAAAGAAGAGUGGAAACCAGAUUGGAGAAGACUCCCAAGAGAGAUGAUGCCCAGGAAAAAAUGCAAAAAAGCAGACCCAAAAUCCAAAAAGGCAAAAGAUACAGACAAAGGUACUUCACUCGCUAAUACUGCAGAUGUUUUGAAAAAAAUUGAGGAAUUGGAAAAGAGAGGUGAUGGUGAAAAAUCAGAUGAGGAAAAUGAAGAAAAAGAAGGAAGCAAAGAGAAAAGUAAAGAAGGUGAUGAUGAUGACGACGACAAUGAGGAUGCUGCAGAGGAGGAGUAUGAUGAAGAAGAGCAAGAGGAGGAAAAUGACUACAUUAAUUCAUAUUUUGAAGAUGGAGAUGAUUUUGGUGCAGAAAGUGACGACAACAUGGAUGAAGCAACCUAUUAGCCAUAAAAUUUCUCAAAAAAAUUAAUGAUUAUAUAGCUUCUAAGCAGUUGGACAUACUUAUGUUUUGUUGGACAAAUAUUUGUUACUGAAAUAGUCAUAAUUGCUUUUAUACAUUAGUUACCCUUUAAAUUUAUCUGACACUCUGACAUUCCUCCUUAACAACUUUGCCAUCCCUCUUGUGUAUGUUAGUGGAUUUUUGUAUUAUUUGGAUUUGAUUAUGCUAAAGAGUUUUUGCAUCUCUUAAUCUAUGUAUUCAUACAUACUUGAACAACUUAUUCUUGUUUAACUGAUCUUUUUUGUAAAAUUAUUACUAGUUGUAAUGGAUUUCUAUCACCUGAAGAUGAUUUAAUAUAGCACAUGGAGCACUUUAAAAACAAAGAAACUUGAAAAUUAUCUUUUACGUGCUAUGUUCUAUACUAUUACAUUAUGACUCCUUAAACCUGCCUGGGCUCUUAAAGUACAAACUUAUAAGAUUGGAGGUUUAAUGUUCAAAAACAUACAUGCAGGGAAAAAGGUCAAUCUGAUCUAUUUAAAUUUCAC